AUGCUGAAGAGGUACUGGGACGGCAGGAGGAAUUUGCUGCAGACACGGACGGGGUUAAAGGUGCAACUAGACGGAGAAGCGCCGACUGCCCUGCUCUCAGCCCUGGUGAGGAGCAGGAAGGCAAAGACGGGUAUUAAGGAGCUGGUACGAGAUGGGGUCAGUUACUCAGAGGCGAAGGCGGUGCUCGGUGAGGCCACAAGGCAUUUCACGACGGCGUUAGAUGUUGGCUCUGCAGGCGGUGAUGAGGCGCGGUCGUUGCAAUGGUCGCCGCGGAGAGUGCUGGAGGAUGCAUCGGUAGUAGAGCUGUCCCGGGACUGGACAGAGGAGGUCAGACAAGCGAUAAGGGAGCUGGCGAAUGACAAAUCCCCUGGGAAGGACGGAUUACCUAAGGAGCUUUACCAGGUUCACUGGGAGUCGUUGAAGGGUCCUGUGAUGAAGAUGGUCAAGGAUUUCAUGGAGACGGGGGACUUACCGGAGGUGGUGAACGAGGCGGUUACGAUCCUGCUGUACAAAAAGGGAGAUGAAACGGAUGUCAGGAAUUACAGACCGAUAACCCUGCUGACAAGCACGUAUAAGAUACUGGCGAAGGUGGUGGCUUCAAGGAUGCAAAAGGUUCUUACCCAAGUGAUUUCAGGGGAGCAGUACGGGUUCUUGCCAGGGAAGAGACUUACGGAUGCGGUGUCGCUGGUAGCGGAUCUAAUCGAUGCGGCCAAGAACAAGAACAGGGACUGGUACCUCCUGCUGAUUGAUUUUGAGAAGGCAUACGACUCGGUGCGUCGGGAUUUCAUGCUAGAGACGAUAGCGAAGCUGGGCUUUCCACCGCGGUUUGUGGGCUGGAUCGAGGCACUGCACAAAGACGUUCACACGCGACUGUGCGUCAACGGUUGGGUGGGUGAGAAGAUUCAAAUGCAUAAAGGGGUGAGGCAGGGGUGCCCGCUGGCCCCUUACCUUUUCCUGCGUGCGGUGGAGCCACUAAACUGCUUGGUGGAGGAACGGAAGCUGGGGAUAGGAGAGGAAGGUUGCGAGCGGCUGGCGUACAUUGGGUACGCAGAUGACACAACGUUGCUGCUGGACGGUGUGCAUCAGCUGUAG